CUUUUUCGACCUAAGGUUAAGGAUUCCAACGGUCAGGAUCUUUUGCAUGGCCACAGAUAAUUUCCCUCCCUCGACCCGCGAUCACAACACACCAAAGACCGAAGCACCUCCCGCCACAGUUGAUCAUCAACUGACGACUAUCAAGCUCUAGCUAAAACAGAAGAGAGACCAUGGCGUCUCCCGUGUCUAAAAGCGCUUCAGAAGACACGUCGCGUCGGCUAAUGCAGAUGGUGUGGAUUGGAGCUUUAUUCUAUGCCAUAUCCGUCAUUUUGAAUGCUGCUUAUCGGAUCCGUAUGCAUGCCAUUGAGGAGUACGGGCCUGUCAUUCAUGAAUUUGAUCCCUAUUUCAACUAUCGAGCCACAGAGUACCUUGCCGCCAAUGGCAUGCAUAAAUUCUUUCAUUGGUUUGACUACAAGGUGUGGUAUCCAUUGGGCCGACCUGUGGGAACGACGAUCUAUCCUGGGAUGCAAGUCACAGCGGUGGCAAUUCACAGGUACCUUUUGAGUAAUUGGAGUCUCAACGAUGUCUGUUGCUACAUGCCGGCUUGGUUUGGAGCCAUCGCUACCUUGAUUACUGGAUUGCUGGCCUAUGAAGCUUCCCUCCCACAAAAUACCAGCUCGAAUUUGAUCCAAUUUUUUUGGGAUAUUGUGCAGGGAACUUGUGGAAGAAACCAUACCAAGCCUACCAAAAACAACAAUUCGUUUUCCGGUUUUUCUCCAGCAUUGGAAUGCGCUGUCUUUGCCAUGGCCAUGAUGAGCAUCGUACCGGCUCAUUUAAUGAGAAGUGUGGGAGGAGGAUUUGACAAUGAAUCUGUGGCUACUACCGCUAUGAUCCUGACCUUUUACUGUUGGAUGAGAUCUCUCCGAAACGGAAAUGAUGUCACUACUAUCGCCGUCUAUGGAUGCCUCACUGGACUCUCCUACUUUUAUAUGGUUGCGUCCUGGGGAGGCUUUGUGUUUGUUUUGAAUUUAGUUGGUGUCCAUGCGGCGAUGCUGGUGGGGUUGGGACGAUUCUCCGAUAAGGUCUGGUUGAGCUAUUCUCUUUUCUAUUCUAUUGGUACUUUCUUGGCCAUUCAGGUCCCCGUUGUGGGAUGGGCUCCUCUCAAGUCCCUCGAACAGUUGGGACCCUGUGGAGUAUUCCUUGGAUACCAAGUCUUGCAAUUCUGCGAAGUUAUUCGAAGACGCAACAAUCUGUCCAGAACAGCUGCCUGGAAGCUCCGGAUUCAAGUAUGUGUGGCAUUGGCGGGUGCCUUGUUCAUCUUUGCCGUCUUUUUGGCUCCAUCCGGCUACUUUGGACCCAUCAGUUCUCGCGUUCGAGGACUUUUUGUGCAGCAUACUCGAACUGGGAAUCCAUUGGUUGACAGUGUCGCAGAGCAUCAACCGGCUUCCAGCCGAGCCUACUUUCAAUACCUCCAUCACGUUUGUUCUGUGGCUCCUAUUGGAUUUGUGUUGGUCAUGUGCAAUCUCAGUGACUCAUCGUCCUUCUUGAUUGCGUGGGGAACAACGGCGUAUUUUUUCAGUCAUAAAAUGGUCCGACUCAUCCUCUUGACCGCUCCUAUUGGUAGCGUACUCGGAGGCAUCGCAGCUGGGAGACUCUUUGCCUGGUGUCUCCAGCAGUGGUGGGAAAGUGAUGUGGAUUCCUCCAAAAAUGUGCCGAGAUCGUCGUCCAAUGGUAGUGCCAAUGAGGAACACGAGACGACGAACGGUAAAGGAAAAGACAGCAAAAAGGCUAAAAAACCAAAAAAGAAUACUCCUGGAGGAGCACCCUCAGCGGCUACUUCGGCAUCUGCCAGGACUAAAUCCAAAGGGAGUGGGAGCAACAGUUUUGAAGGCCUUCUUUCGCUCAAGCAGGCGUAUGAAACAGCUUCGAAAAGCAAAGAAGGUCUCUUUGUUCGCCGCACCAUCACGGUUGUCGUAGUCUUGUUGGGAUACACGGUUGGUACGAGCUUUACCAAGUACUGCUGGCGACUCUCAAAAGAUCUUUCCAAUCCAAGUAUCAUUAUCCAAGGACGCCUCAAAGAUGGUCGAGUGGUCAAGGUAGACGAUUACCGCGAAGCGUACUGGUGGCUCCGAGACAAUACACCGGAAGAUGCUCGCAUCAUGGCAUGGUGGGACUAUGGAUAUCAGAUUACGGGUAUCAGCAAUCGUACUACAAUCGCAGAUGGGAACACAUGGAAUCAUGAGCACAUUGCACUCCUUGGCCUGGCUCUAACCACUGACAUUGACGAGGGCUAUGAGAUUGCCCGUCAUCUGGCUGACUAUGUCCUUGUCUGGGGUGGAGGAGGCGGAGAUGAUCUUGCCAAAUCCCCCCACUUGGCUCGAAUUGCCAAUUCGGUCUACAGAGAGCACUGCCCUGGUGAUCCUUCUUGUCGUGCAUUUGGAGUGAUCGACAGCCGUGGAACUGCAUCACCAAUGAUGAAGCGAAGUUUGCUGUAUCACCUUCAUGGCCAUCAGAUCCGCCCUGGGGUCGAGGUGGAUCCAGAGCAGUUCCAGGAGGUGUACAGGUCCAAGUAUGGUAAGGUACGCAUCUUCAAAAUCAUUGGAGUGUCAGAAGAGUCCAAAGCUUGGGUUGCUGAUCACACCAACAAGCUCUGUGACGUUCCGGGAAGCUGGUUCUGUCCUGGCCAAUACCCUCCUGCCCUAUCCACCAUUAUUGGCAGAAAGAAGGACUUUGCGCAGCUUGAGGAUUUCAAUCGAGGAGCAGCUGACGAGGAAUAUCAACGUCAGUACUUUGAAUCACUUCAGAACCCAAAGAAGGCGUCAAAGACUGCCAUGCAGGAGGAAAUGCGCCGCAUGAAAGAGUCACGACAACCUGAGGAGCAACGAAAGCGUGUUGAUGAAAUCUACAACACUUGGGCUGAUACGGAAGAGACAACCCUGAUGUGGCGACUCAUUACUACCAACCAAGUGGAAGAAUUGAGGAGCAUUCUGGCAGAGGAGCCCACUUUGGCCUUUGUUCGCAGCAAGGAUGGACGUGGUCCCAUGUGGUGGGCUUUUGAGCAACGCCAUCAAGAAAUCACUACCAUCUUGAUGAAGACCGGAGUCCCUCACACAGAUCGUGAUGCACAAGGACUUGCCCCUGCAGACCUCCUUACUGGCAAGGCCUAAGACUCUCUGUAGGAGGCUUGAAGCAGUAAUGGCAUUGGUUACUGAGAAAAGACACGAGUUUAGCAGGAAAUCUUUCUGGCCAAGUUGACAUGUAGUUAGUUUGGCCCCAGCAGAUUCAACGGUCCUUUCAUCAAAUAUGCAUACCUAGCUAGCUACUAACAUUAGACUAUUCAAACUACUCAAGAGAGAUCCUGACAGUUGUUGCGAUAUUCAAG